AUGCUCCCAUAUCUCCCACUCGGCCUCCUUGGGCUAUUCCCACAAAUUAUAGCAUCAACAUGUGAUGCUCGCCCAUACUCAGCCUGGAUGGCAGACAGUGUGAUUGGUCGUGGUCAAGCAACAGUCGCCCCUGGGGAUAAACCAUCGGCUUCAACAUAUUUGCAGAUAGGCUUUUUCCAAACUGCAAUUCUCCGGUUGAAGGAGUAUUAUGACACUCCUGAAUCGGCAUGUGCGCAAAGUGACUGGGAGGAGUAUCUCAGAACGAGCACCGACAGCAUCGCCCCUUUUCUCCUGAAUGCCACGCACGACACCGAAUAUCCACUAGACAGACUUUCGACUGGGAGAGGUCUUACAUAUCAGUACAAACAAGCAGGCAACAUCACUGCUAAUUCAGCCGAGAACGCAUUGCGAGAGUCCAUCAACCUUCAGCCCCGAAAUCAAUUCGGCGGAUAUUGGUACUUCACCUAUCCAGAGUGGAGCUACCUGGAUGGAAUCUACUCUCUUGUGCCGUUUCUUUCCUAUUACACCACCAACUUUGAUUCCACCAACAGCUCUGCUGUAGCGGGGGAUAUCAUCCACCAACUCGAUCUGCUCUGGUCGCACUGUCGGCACAACAGCACAGGGCUUCUUGUGCAUGGAUACGAUGCGUCUAAGAAUGCCAGUUGGGCGAAUCCUGUCACCGGAGGUAGUCCUAUCGUUUGGGGUCGCUCGUUGGGGUGGUAUCUCAUGGCUCUCGUUGAUACACUGGAGUCAAUGACCCCGGGAUUUCCGCACGAACUAAAGGAAUAUCUGCACCGGCGUCUUGUCGAGCUCACAGCUUCUGUUGUCGCAGCUGCUGAUCCUGAAACCGGGUGUUGGUGGCAGGCAAUGAACUACCCCGGUCGAGAGGGAAACUAUAUCGAGUCAAGUGGUUCAGCCAUGUUUACCUACGCGCUAUACAAGAGUGCGCGACUGGGGUAUCUUCCAGACAGAUUAAGUGGAAAGUCAUCCGACACUGCGAACCAGUGCCGGAACCAUCUGGUCGACAGCUUUGUGGUGGAUAACAAGAAUGGAACCCUCGGUUAUAAUGGGACUGUGUCUGUCUGCAGUUUGAAUUCGUCUGCUACUUAUGAGUACUAUAUCACGCAGCCUUUGCUGUAUAAUAGCGUCCAUGGAACUGCGGCAUUCGUGCUGGCCAGCUUGGAGCAUGAAAUUUCAGAGCAUGCAAAGCAGUAG